UAAACUUCUUAUGAGUUAAGACUUAAGACAGAGAGAGAGAGAGCCUUCUUCAUUUCUCCUUCCAUAACCUUCCCCAGUCUGCACAUCAUCUCCCUUUACCCCUCUCUCUCUCUUCCUCUUGCUCUGCUCCGUCUUUGGACCCUUUUUUGAACUCUAUUUCUUCUUUCUUUCUAAUUUUCCUUUUGAUAUCUCUAACAAUGGCGAAAGCGUGGUUCUUUUUUGGUGUUUUGGUGAUGUGUGCCGUUGCGGCCGUGGACUCUAAACAUGCACAUGCACCGGCACCGGCCGUCGACUGUUCCAGUUUGAUUGUGAAUAUGGCGGAUUGUUUGUCUUUUGUGAGCAAUGGAAGCAAAGAGAAGAAGCCACAGAGUACUUGUUGUUCUGGGUUAAAGACGGUUUUGAAGACUGACGCUGAGUGCCUUUGUGAAGCUUUUAAGAGCAGUGCUCAGUACGGUGUUGAGAUCAACAUGACAAAGGCUCUCACUCUUCCUUCUGCAUGUCGAGUUUCUACACCCCCUGUCAGCAAUUGUGGCUUGUCCCUUGCUGCUCCUGGCGCUGCUCCUGCUCAAUCGCCAUAUCUGUCUCCCCAGUCUUCACCCUUUGGAGGACUCCUGGUUGGGUCUCCAGCUCCAGCUCCUGCAGUUUCUACUGCCUCCACUAUGUCAAUUCCAUUUAUGUUUCUCUUUAGUGUAGUUGUUGCUUCAUGGUCUUUUUUCUGAGACUAGGUCUUUCUUUUAAGCUCUGAUGAAGGAGAGGGGGGAUUUAUUCGGCGAUUUGUGUUUAUACUGUUAUUGGGUUCUCUCUAGUCUCUAUGUUUAGGUUGUGAAGGGACCCAAUUAGAGAUGGUAAUAGUUGUUGGCUCUUUCUCUUUUCAGAUAGAUUUACCUGUUUGACAUGCCUCUUGGACCUUUAGUAAUACUAUUGUGUUUAUGUUUA